ACUGUACUUAGCUGGGUGGACUAUAGAUAUGUACUAGGUAGUUCACGACUCAGUAUAAUCGAUAUGUCUCUCCUACGCAGUUGAUAGUUUUAUAUUGUCAUAUCAAAAAUAUAAUCUCUAUAGUUGCUUAAUCUUCAAAACUCCUUAUAACUACCUAACUCAACCGAAUCCUCAUCGAUAAUGACCAAACUCACACAUCUCGAGCCCUCCGAGCUGGGCACGAAGGAAUACUGGGACAACCUCUACACAACCGAAAUAACCAACCACACACACAACCCCUCCGACACAGGCACAGUCUGGUUCGACGACUCCGACGCCGAGACCAAACUCAUCGACUUCCUCAGCAACCCAGACCAACCUGCCACCAUCUCCCUCUCCCAACGCACAACCACAUUCCUAGACCUCGGCACCGGCAACGGCUCGCUCCUUUUCGGCCUCCGCGACGCCGGCUGGACCGGGCGAAUGCUCGGGGUAGACUACUCGCAGCAAAGCAUCCAAUUUGCGCGACGCCUAGCACAAUCGCGAUCCUCUCCUCCCUCCUCAACCUCCUCCCCAGAUUCCUCGUCCUCGCACUCGCUAGACGACAACGACGCGCAGAACAUAUACUUCCUCGAGCACGACAUCCUACACACCUCGCCCACCGAGCUUCUCCUAGACGAACAGUCGCAAGGUUGGGACGUGGUGCUGGAUAAAGGGACAUUCGACGCCAUCUCGCUAUCCUCCGAAACCGUCGCAGGAACGGACCGCCGCGUUGUCGAGUCCUACCGCUCGAAGAUCACGCCUCUAGUGCGCGAAGGGGGGUUAUUCCUCGUAACAAGCUGCAACUGGACGGAGGCUGAGCUACGAGGGUGGUUCGAGGGGCCCGCUAAGGAAGAAGACGACGAGGAAACGAGGAAGUGGCGGUUCGAGGAGGUUGGUCGAGUCGAGUAUCCGAGCUUUAGCUUUGGUGGUGUUAAAGGGCAGACUAUUAGUAGUUUGUGCUUUAGAAAGGUGAGGAAUACCUAGAGCUAGUAUAGGUACCUAGUAUAUACCUAUAAUCUACUGCCGCUUAGGUGAACAUAAGCGCCUCGGACCCGGAUGAUAGUCUGGCAGUUAGGAUCAAAAAAGGAAAUGGAGAGAUACCCCUAUUAACAAUAUCAAGAUAACCUACGAAUUAAACAAG